AAACACCCACACCCCAAUCAUUCAAGUCAGAAUAACAAUGGUGUUAAUCAUAUGGGUGUCUCUGCUGUGCCUGCUUGGUUUCACUCAGUGCUAUCAGGGUACAGACUUCAAUCCUUUUGAACUCUUGAGGCAAGAAUUAUAUGGCACAUCAACAUGGGAAACGACGUUGAGCUUGGAGAAACAACAUGCUGAGGAAUUACCUGUUUAUAUUGGUUCUCAGGAAGGACUGAAAGAGGUUGAUAAAGUUGGAAGUUUGCCUGGACAGCCUGCUGAUGGGGUGGAUUUUCAUCAGUAUUCGGGUUAUGUGACGGUUGAUCCUGAGGCAGGCCGGGAAUUGUUUUAUUAUUUCGUGGAGUCGGAUCACAAUUCUUCGAGUAAGCCGCUGGUUUUAUGGCUUAAUGGAUGGCCUGGUUGGUCUUCAAUUGGAAAUGGAGCUAUGAUGGAACUUGGGCCAUUUAGAGUAAAUAAAGAUGGUAAAACCUUGCAUCGAAAUCAAUACACGUGGAAUAAAGAUGCCAACAUCAUAUUUUUAGAAUCCCCCGCCGGUGUGGGAUUCACGUACUCAAAUAGAACAUCAGACUAUAAGUUAAGAGGGGAUUUAAGAACUGCCAAAGACUCCUAUACCUUUCUUGUUAACUGGCUCCAAAGAUUCUCCGCCUGUUUUUGUUCUUUGUGA